UCCUGCCGGUUGAAAAAAUGGAGGACAAGAUUAUUAUCGCCGUCUGUGGGCACCCCGAACUUUACGAUACAACUCUUUAUGCUUACCGAAACCGGAGCUAUAAAGAUAAAGCGUGGAACAAGGUCGGAGAAGCCGUGGGACUACCUGGUAAAUUUUGAAUCUGUGAGCCAGACACAAUCAUGAUCCUGCUGUCUCCCUUCUCUGACAAACGGAUUGACAAAUCACGGUGAAGGUUUCGUGUGACCCGACACCCGACACGUCGCCCCUCCGUUCCUCUGUGUGUCAGACGGGAGGAAGGAGGAGCAGGAGGAAACCCGACUGAUUCAUCCACGAGUUUAAACUGAUUUCUGCUCCCUAUUUUCGCGGAGAAAUAAUUGUUUUAAAAACGGAAACAGUGUUAAACCGCACUGCCGCGAUUUGACACUCAGAGGAGUGUAAAAACUUCAACGAACACCGGAAGUAAACAAAGUUGCGUUAAUUGCGUUAAAAUAUUUUAGUGCGUUAACGCGGCCAAAUUAAUCGCAUAGAUUAACGCGUUAACGCUGACAGCCCUAGUAAUUAUUAUACAUGAUGUAGGGGUAUAGACAUUAACACCAUCACUUGAUGUUAGUAGUUCAAAUCUUUACAGUAAAGAUAUAUGCUGGUACAUUACAUAGUCCACACAGUUUGAGUAUAGUUUAUAGUGAUAGCAUGUUUUAUUGUUGAUAUUCACUCGUUUACAUAUAUACUGUGGAAUCACAUUACAGAAUCAUAAGCCACAUCCAAUAGAAUGUACAGGAAUACAUGUUAAAUGACUGGUGUAUAGUAUUUACACUUAAUUAAAAUAUUAUUGUCUUUUCUCCUUGACUUUAUGUCAUUAUCAUAAAACACAGUUAACUCAGUGAAAAUGUAAACAGUCUAUAUUUCAAGCCAGAUUUUCCCCGCUCAGAAUUGUUUUCCUUGUUUUCAUUUAGUUUUUUAAGUUUUUACCAGUUACUGUAACAUAGCUAAUAAUUGCAUAACCAGGGCCUUCCCAUCAUGCUUUGCAGUCAUUAGGCAGCAAUCCAGAAUCGGAGACUUGCUUGAACUUGACUGUCUCGGCCUUUAUCCCCUUUUUAUUUGUGACCAAGUCUUAAGUGGUUAGAGCAACGCUUGGCAGUGAGAGCUGCAACCUCACUGGCUUUGCACAUGGAGCUGCAUGUCAUGUGUGCCUCCCUAAUUAUAUUUACUGUGACACAUUAAUCAACCCAUGGGUAAAUGUGUUAACGUUAGCUAACGCUAAAUUUCAGCUGUGGUCCCUGUGGCCAGAUGUUACAACCUUCACUAAAGGAGAGAGAGGUUAACACAGUAACAUAAUAAAAAAGCAAUAAACAUACAGGUUACAAUAAAAUACUGGCCUCAUCAUAAAAUCAUUAAAAAAAAGACUAAGUAUUUACACAAUCACUGAGGAGGGAGACACAAUUCAUGCUCACACAUCUGACUGGUAAAAAGCCAGUUCUUCAGGCCGUGUUUAAAAGAGUAAAAAGUUCUGCUCGUGCGUAUAUUCAGAGGCAGGGCAUUCCAGAGCUGUCCUGCUUUCACUGAAAAUGCAGACUGACGAAAAGAACUCCUCCUAAAUGGGAUGACGCAGUCGCCUCUCCACAGAUCUGGUCUCCGUGAUGACACCACGCGACUCCAGAUCAAGGAGUUUGCACGUAAAAAUGCAGCCAAUGCUCUGUCUGUUGCUAACAUGGUCAUGGGCAUAUCCUCCAUUCUGAGCAGUCUAAAUGGGCACCAUCAUGCUGCCUGUUGGCUGGUUCUGAUUGGCUACCUUCUGGAUUCGGCAGAUGGAGCCGUUGCCAGGCUACUCGGUGCCUGCUCUGCACUGGGUGCGAAGCUCGAUGAUUUUUCUGACUUCACGACCUUUGGGAUUGCCACCGCAUUGCUCCUAAGGACAUCUGACCUGCUGGACAACAUCCUAUGUGUGUGUUACAUCCUGUCUGUGUUUGUCCGUCUGUGUUUCUUUUCAAGUGGGAUCCCAUUCGUGUAUCGUGGACUGCCCUGCGUCUACUCCUCAGCCAUCCUGGCCAGUGCCUCACUGCUGUCAGGGGGAAAUCUGGCCUUGCUGCGUAUCAUUGCAGUGGUCAUGAUCCCCUUUAUGAUCAGCCAGAACUUCUACCCCCAUGACAGAGUACUGGAGUCCCAGGCCUGGAAGAAAGCAGUCUUUGCUGGAGGAGUUGUCAUGGUGUUCUGCUCAUCCUUCCCCACUGCAAGUGUGUACUAUAUGUUGUGGUCUGUCUCCUUCAUGUUGUUCCCGAAUUCCCUUUGGAGCUGUAAGGGUGAGAGUUAAAGUGAGGGGUGAGAAGUGCAUUUGAAUAUUAUUAAAGUUAGGAUGAGCCUUCAUGCUGUCUUUUGUCUGUGCUGCAUUUUGUCAGAUGGUUUGUUCCACAAAUGUUUUUUAACCCUUGUAUUGCCUUAGGGUCAUUUUGACCCGAAUCAAUAUUACACCCUCCCCCCGCCCUAGGAUUAAUUUGACCCCAUUCAAUGUUUAAUGUCGGUGUUCUUUCGGUAGUCAACAAACAAACAAAGUGCCUCACACUUAAACUUGGAAAACAAUAUUAAUUCUAAUAAUUUUCUGGAGCUUUUAAUUGCUGGCGUCAAAUUGAACCCAAAGGGUAAAAUAUGUUAGUAAAUAUAAAGGUAACAGGAGGGUGAAACAUUGAAUCGGGUCAAAAUGACCCAAAGGCAACACAAGGGUUAAAGUUCAUCUCCUGUGUAAUCUCUCACUUCAAAAUGAACCAGUCUUUCGUCAAUGUUGUGAACAUGCAGCAGUAGUAUACAUCAUAUGCACACACAAUAUAAAAAAGAAUAAUUUGAAACUAAGUAAUUAAACAAUUUUAAUCAAGUGUUGCUUCUGAUUUUGUGAAAUAAAAUAUUCAUUAAACCCUUA